CCGGCUGGCUGUCCCGGGCCGCCGCGUCCCGCCCAGGGGCUCCAGGCUGGCCUGCUAUGCGCGGCAGCCCGCGCCGGGGCCGGCACCAGCAGCGCCCGGGCGCAUGCGGCGAGGCCACGGAGGGGCAUGCUUCCACGCACCAAGUACAACCGCUUCAGGAAUGACUCGGUGACAUCGGUCGAUGACCUUCUGCACAACCUGUCGGUGAGCGGCGGCGGCAAGGUCUCGGCGGCGCGCGCGGCUCGGGCGGCGACCCCCUACCUAGUGUCCGGCGAGGCGCUGCGCAGGGCGCCCGACGAUGGCCCGGGCAGCCUGGGCCACCUGCUCCACAAGGUGUCCCACCUGAAACUCUCCAGCUCGGGCCUCCGCGGCCUGUCGUCGGCCGCCAGGGAACGGGCGGGCGCCCGGCUCUCAGGCAGCUGCAGCGCGCCCAGCCUGGCCGCCCCGGACGGCAGCGCGCCCCCCGGCCCCCGCGCCCCGGCCAUGCGCGCGGCUAGGAAGGGCCGCCUCGGCGACGAGCCGCCGCCACGCGCCCCCCACUCCAGCGAGCAGGUGCAGGGCGCCGGAGUCACCUACGUCGUGAAGUACUUGGGGUGCAUUGAAGUUCUGCGCUCAAUGAGGUCUCUUGACUUCAGUACAAGAACACAAAUUACCAGGGAAGCCAUCAGCCGCAUCUGCGAAGCCGCCCCUGGUGCCAAGGGAGCCUUCAAGAAGAGAAAGCCUCCCAGCAAAAUGCUGUCCAGCAUCUUGGGCAAGAGCAACCUCCAGUUUGCGGGCAUGAACAUCUCCCUGACCAUAUCCACAGCCAGCCUAAACCUGCGCACGCCAGACUCCAAACAGAUUAUAGCAAAUCACCACAUGCAAUCCAUAUCCUUCGCCUCGGGGGGAGACCCGGACACAACAGACUAUGUUGCAUAUGUAGCCAAGGACCCUGUUAAUCGCAGAGCUUGUCACAUUCUGGAAUGCUGUGAUGGGUUGGCCCAGGACGUCAUUGGCUCCAUCGGGCAAGCCUUCGAGCUCCGGUUUAAGCAAUACCUGCAGUGUCCUUCCAAGAUUCCUGCUCUCCAUGACCGAAUGCAGAGUCUGGACGAGCCGUGGACAGAAGAGGAGGGAGAGGCCUCGGAUCGCCCAUAUUAUAACAGCAUUCCAAGUAAGACACCCCCUCCAGGGGGGUUUGUGGAUGCCCGACUGAAAGCCAGACCCCAGGCUCCUGACACAGCCCAGUUUGCAGGAAAAGAGCAAACUUACUACCAGGGACGACACUUCGGAGACCCGUUUGGUGAAGACUGGCAGCAAACACCUAUCAGGCAAGGGUCCUUGGACAUCUACAGCAUGCCAGAGGGGAAAGCACAAGUGGUCCCCACAGGAGAAGCCCCCACCUAUGUCAACACCCAGCACCUCCCUCUGCAGGCCGGGAUGGCCUCCGGCAGCAGCGCAGAGAGCAGCCCCCGCAAAGACCUCUUUGACAUGAAACCAUUUGAAGACGCACUCAGGAACCAGUCCUUGUGGCCUGUGCUGAGCAAGGCAGCCUCUGUGGAGUGCAUCAGCCCCGUCUCGCCCAGAGCCCCCGAUGCCAAGAUGCUGGAAGAACUGAAAGCAGAGCCUUGGUAUCAAGGAGAGAUGAGCAGGAAGGAGGCAGAGGGGCUGCUGAAGAGAGAUGGGGACUUCCUGGUCAGGAAGAGCACCACCAACCCAGGCUCCUUCGUUCUCACAGGCAUGCACAAUGGCCAGGCCAAACACCUGCUGCUGGUGGAUCCGGAAGGCACGAUCCGAACAAAGGACAGGGUUUUCGACAGCAUCAGCCACCUGAUCAACCAUCACCUGGAGAACAGCCUGCCCAUUGUCUCCGCUGGGAGUGAGCUCUGCCUCCAGCAGCCUGUGGAGAGGAGCACCUGACAGCUGUGCCUGUCCCCCUACAGCCGCAGUGGACAGGAGGACCGGUUCUUUGGCAGAUGGGUAUGGGGCCUUGGGAACCAGGCAGCACCCUGCAGGCACAAAGCCCUGUUCAAAAGCCCAGGAGGAAGACUUCUGUAAAGUGCAAGUUUCAUAAACUUGUUCCAAUUUCUCAUGUGCAUAUUAAAGGUGUACAUACCUAUACAUCCUGUACAAAUUAUCCCUCUAUAUUUAUAUUUUUUAAGACUAAAAAAGAUGUAAGACUAAUGUUCUGUGCUGUAUGUUUUUAAUGAAAAAAAGUUUGACUGUAGUUGUCUGGGCAAAAAUUUAAUUCCACGGACCCAUUCCACCAGAAAUUCCACUAGGAGGGUGUUACUGCAACUUUACCGAAUAAGCACAACACCAGGAGCAGAAGCAGCUGGAGGAAGGGCAAUAGACAUGGAACUAGAGUAGAACAAGGCAAAUGCUGCCCCCAAGGUCUAGCUCUGCACCUAGAACACGUGGCAUGCUAAUGGCAGCCACUCCUGGGGACGUGGGUGCCCUCCUCCCCUUCCUCCUGGCUGCCCACCGGGCCGCUGCAUCACAUCUGUGUGCUCCCGUUUCCAGCACCAGGUGGCUCUAGCAGCUGCACUGCAGAGCUGCAUCCCUCUAGCAGUUUCAGGGCCUGCUGAGCACAGAAAUAAUGUCCCUCUUGACCUCAGUUAUCCAGGCGGUCUUGGGAUUCAAUUUACUGCCAAAUAUGGCACAAAAUAAGCCUCACUGAUGAAGACCUUGACUGGCAAAUGCUCCCCUCGUUUUUAUCUUUAGAGUGACGGAACACAUGUCUGCAGAGGGGAGUCAGGCCAAGUCUGUUUCUAUGUUCUUCCAACCAACAGGCUUGAUUACAGGCCGCUGGAGUGGCUGUUGCUGGCAAAAUUCUCCUCCUGUAGAUUCCGUGGAGAAAUGCAUGUUGAGGAGUUGUGCCACAGAUGAUGCAAGUGCAGGUGCCCAGAUUUCAGCCCUGGGGCCGUUCAUAUCACCCUUCCUGCUGGGACCUCCUCUGCCUGAAGCCAAGGAGAAACACAAAAAUUUGGGACUUGCAUUUUGCAGUUCCACUUUGGGAUGACAACUGGGUAAAGCGAGUCAUCUCUGCAGCAGAUUUCCCAAAUGCUCUGCAAAGGGCGUGUGCCCAUGCACCAUUUUGUCUUGGUGCCAUCCUUCAAGAUAAAACAUUGAUUUCCCGCUGGGUCUUUUGGUAUUAGGAAGUCGAGAAUGUUUAUAAUUUAAAAAAAAAAUACACAUCUGAGUUGCGCUGACCAUGUGAUUUAACAGACACUGUCUUUUAAAGGAUGAAAGGAUUCAUCCAUUUGCUGGCACCAUCUCAGUGUAUCUACCACAUGUGCCGUCACCCCAGUGAACCCCACCCCUAGGUAUGGCACCCUUUAAACAGGGCAACAGAAAGUCACUCUGCACACAGAGCGUUGUACAGUGAUACAGUUGAUGCUUCAAGAUUGAGGUAUAAAGCAUAGAUUUGAAAAACUCUAAUGAGUACUAGUCUGCAAAUUUCAAAUGCUAAGUAUGCAAAUCCUAUUUCUACUUUUGGGUGUGUGGCCAGGUUGGAAGGAUGAGGUAGAGUUAAUCUGUGAGGAUGAGUUGGAAUAGGUUGAUAGCUUCCUUUGUGGCCUUCUUUGCAGUUUUUGUCUCUUGAGGGUCCAGUGAAUCUAAGGUGGCAGUGGCUUCAAUCUUCUGGGAUGUUCUGCAGUGAACUAGAAUUCUAUGGAGAAUCUGGCACUAGUUGAGGGGUUCUGGUUUCAGGGUCAGUAUGGGUAACCAAUUAUUCAGAAACAGAGGGGUGUUACCAGAGAUUUGGGCAGUGUCUGGAUCAGGCUCUCACCCUGGGACUGGUAAAUUUGGGGCACAGGGAGCUUGGUCUGCAUUCUCCAGUGUAUAGAGGCCCUUGGGAUAUGUAGAUAAAGUGACUUUUCUCUCAAUAGUGGAAGGUGUGUAAGGCCAAAUAUUAGUGUCAAGGGCACAGCACAGUAGGAAACCAGAGUGAGGAACAGGAAGCCCUGAACACUUGAUCUUCAUUUUCCCCUCUUGGGGAUGGACAGAGUUGUGAUCUGCAGCUUGAGUAGCUCUCUGCUUUGAAGUCAGUGUCUCACUGGAGAUAUACAAUAUUGAUAGAUUAUGGGUUUUUGCAUGAGAAUCAAUUUAAAAAAUUAAGGGAACUGGGGGAUCAAAUUUUGUUUUGAUAUUAACUCCAAAUACAUGUUUUAAAGCUCAAAUGGCAAGCUUGCUAACCAUGGAACGGUGCCAGAUGGGAAAGUGGUAUCCACCCUAGCAGCCAGACACAUCCAGUGGCAGUCACUUCCGUCUCCCUGCCUCCCACUGUAAGGCGUGUUAGAGCGCACGCUGUCAUCUCAUUUCUUCCUUCAAGUGCCAUGUGAUGGGCAUCACUGUACAACUCCUAAAUAGAUGGGGAAACUGAGGCUCAAAUGCUGCCCCACCCUGCUCAAGGCCAUGUGGUCCACAGGUCGCAGGCUGUCAUCACUCUUAGCAUCCCUAGAGCUCUGGACUCCGAGGCAAACUUGGCAGGGCCCUCUUCCAGUCCCCACUGGGUCUCUCCUCCGAGCCCCCCAUGCCUAUUCAGGUCCAGCUGCUAAACAGCCAGCCCCAGGGAGCAGCACUAUGUGUGUGCCCAGAGCAUCCACCUCCCCGGGCAUGGAGACUGUGCAAAGGGCCGCCCUGGGCAACCGGACAGUGCUGGAACCUUCUGUCCCUUUCAUGGCCCCCAGCCACUGACCCCAGGUCUUGGCGUGAACUGGGAGCACAUGGUGGGUUCCAGCAGUCCUAAAAUUGCCCCAUUGCCAAGCAGCCCUGAGACCCCUGUAUCAUCCCUCUCGCCACACCGUCCUGAACCCAGGGCAGUGUGUCUCUGACAUUCUCAGCCUGCUGAGCACUGUGGAGCCCCAUGGGGCUGCUCCUUGCUGUUUUAAGUCAGCAUCAAUUUUUGAUGACCAAGGACACGCUGAACAGCUCAUUGGACAGCCUGAUAAAGACACAUUCAAACAGCUGCCCAUCUGAAACGUAUGCUAAAUGGCCACUUUUGGGCUUUUUAGAUGAGACAUCAAAGUGCUGGUAUCUGCUCAGCCUUGAUGCAGGUCUCCUUUAAGCAACGAUCUUGUUUAAAACCAUCUCUCCGGUGCUGAGGUAGAUGAACAGGAGCCCCCUUGAGGCACCUGUAGUGCCUGAGGGUCUCUUGCUAGGGGAGGGCACCACCCACUGCUUCCAGGGAAGACAAAGGGCCAGCCCCAGGUGGAGGAAGGGCUUGGCUUAGGAGGAUGGGCAGGCCCAUGGGAAGAGGAAUGGAGCAAGCAGCACUUUGUGCAGCCCCAAGCUCAGGACACUGUCCACCAAGGCUCUUGGCUCCAUGCCUGUCCAGCUCCCAAAACGGAGCUUCCCCUUCAGGUAGCGCCAGACCCCAUGUGGCUCCCUUCUAUAAGCAAUGCUUGAGAACCAGGAUCCUGGUCCCAUUUCUCCUGCUAAGCUGCCAUAAGAAGCCCAGCCACAUGGGUCCUUGGAUCAUGGCCUCCUCGGGCAGUGCCAGCAGUGUUGGAUGUGUCUGUCCAGCCUCAGCUCCAGCAGCUCAGCCAUGUGGCCCAGGCUGUUGCUGGGGGUCUGGGAGCUGUGACUCGCCACCUGCACCCAGGGCUGUGCCGUCCCCAGCCUGAUGUCGGGGUCGGAGACUGCAUGCUAGCAGGAAGGAAGGCACUUCCUGGGAUACUUCAGCCACAAAUGUGUGCUCUCUUGAGAUGUGGGCCCUUUGGGGGGGGGGCACACAGGUGCCUCUCAUCUUUCCAUGGGUCUGCCCUUCCUUCCGUGUUCAGCUGUCAUCUAUAAAGGUCUGCGUGAAAGGGGCAGUCCAACUCAAAACAAGGGGGAGACAUGGAGAGACUGCAGCCAGGGAGUGCCAUCACACAAGCCUUGGCCUGGGGCUUCAGAAAAGUACUCUGGGUUCUGGAGUGAAACUCUUCAGCUUGGUCCUGAGAAAGAUGAACUGGGAAAACUGCUUUACUGGAGCAUGUUGCCAUCCUGGAGCUGUCACUGCUCUCCAGAGGACAAGAAGCGAGGCUGCACCGGUACAGGGCAGGUGGAGGGACCCAUUUUCCCUUGAAGAAGGGGUAGCCAGGUGGUGUGCCAAGGGGGUCAGAUGCCAGCGGCUGACUCUAGGACCAAGUGCAGGACUUAUCAGGGUCCUUUAUGGCUUGUGCCUGCAGCUUCCCAUUCCCCCCAUGGAAAAUGGCAGGUGGCUCUUCCCUCCAUGGGUUUCACAUUUAGGUGGCCUCCCUUUGCAAAGUGCAUAACAGCAUCGGUCAUUUACACAGACAGAUGAAGAAGUGUUCCUACUCCUCUUGCUUAGUUUUUGGUCCUUCAGAAGGACCCCAAGGGAGAGUAUGAGUGCAUGUGGUUUCUCUGGGUGCCAAUCCCAGAGUGGGGAAGGGGAAGAAGCAGACGAGGAGGUUGCAGCUGAGCAGGUCACCAGGGCAUGGAUAACUCAGCACCCUGGAGACUGCAUGAGACAGGGCUGAACCUGUUUCAGAGCUAAACCUCCCAGGUGGGGGGAAAGCCGGGCAUCUACUCACUUGGCCCAUCACUAAAGGAAGGCCCCCAUGUCCUGAAGGGCCCCAUACACACCGAGCACAUUUCCCGAAUUCAGAGUUCUUAACAGAGAGACAAACUUUCCUGCAAAAUAGCCUUGGAGUAAAGACAAACAUCAGAGCCCCCCAGGGUUCCUAACCCAGUAGUUUCAGAUGAGGCUCAAGAACUUGCAUUCUAAUAAACUGCAGGUGAUGCUGGUGGGAAAUCUAGACUUUCAGAGCCACCAUAGAUGUGAGUUGCUGUCCUUAACUGCCUCUUACUAAUAGCUUUCCUCUCUAAUCUAUGGUGAUGUUUUCUUGUCACUUCAUGUCAGAGAUCCCAGGGUCCAUACUGCUGGUUUAAAAGUGGAGGAUUAAUAGGCAUUUAUAACUCCAUAUAAUCAUUGCUGCAGAUAAAAUACCAUCUGCCAGCCACGAUUUAUUUAUAAUGGGGUUUAUACAUAUUUAUAAGUUUGCAAGCAACAAAUACACAGUUUUAAAACUGGCACAAUUUAUAGCAGCCAGAAAAAUUGCAACUUUAUACCAGGACUUGUGAAUGUCAAUCGCACACGUAUAUAUACAUAUGCGUAUGUAUAUACAUACACACAUGUACACCUGCAUUGGUGACACAGAUGUGCAUCUGUCUGGAUGUAUGCACAGGCAGGUUGACUGUGUGAUUUGCACCUCUGGACCUCCUUGGGUUUUUGUAUUUUAACAAAAACAGUUUUAAUAAGGAUGACUAGAAAGUUAAGCAUAGGUUAAGAGUUUGCACUCUUAAGAGUGAGGACUGACAUGUCCUGGCACCUGUGACAUGGAGGGGAGUCUGGGCUGCUGUGGGUGAGGGGACCCCAGUGCCAAGAAAGGAGGAAGGCCGCAGGGUAGAGGGACUGUGAGAAAUGGAAGAGGGAUAGCAGGGAAAAGAAGCCAGUCAGGUGUAGACAGGGAAAGGGAAAGACAGAUGAGGGUAAAGAGGACAGAGUGGGGAGGUAGACAGCAGAUCCAGAUAGAUGUCUGGUACUUACCACAGCUCCUCAAGUCAGAGGCCACCCAGGAAGAACAAGAAGGGGCAGGUGUGGGGUAGGGAACCUUAUCACUGUGGUUGGAGGACAAGAGCUGUCUUCCCAGUGUGCAUGUGGCACUGCUGGAUGACCUUUCUAGCCAGCUUUCUCUUGGCCUUAUCUGAACUAACAUAUAGGCUCUGGGCUCCUGGGACAGAACUGUGAAGGGACGUGUGUUCUGCCUGCCUGAGUUGGUACUCUGCUAGAAAACAGACACCACAUAGUAGGGCAGCAAGACUCGCCUGAGGCCAUGGCCAAGUUAAUGGGACCAUGACAGGGCAUUCCAGGUGACAGCCUGAAAACUUUUCAAAGUGGAGGCCCAGAGGGUGGCGGUGUCAGAGCAGGUGGGCUGAGGAGGAGGGUAGAAACUCCUUGUGCACAAAAUGGCCCAGUGUUAGAUAGUAGCAGUGAGGUUGUUUCCCCUCCUGCCCUGGAUCAGUGGAUUCAGACCCAAAACAGACAGCCUUCUUCCCUGAAGGCUGAGAAGCUACUGUCACUGAGGGCUGUGCAGGGGAUGAAAUAUCUUCUUACAACUUCAAGUUUCUUUUUGUUGUUUCACCUGGAACUGUUGUAGAUAGAAAAACACACACACAUGGAGGGCAUGCUGUGGUCCUGAGUGUUUGAGAUCAUUCAUUCAUACUCACCUAGGACAGUUUUACCACAACCAAAGUUUGCAACUACUGAAUCAAGCGACAAUUAGCAAAGCAGAAAUGAAUGAGCCAAUGCAUCUUUGAACAUUGAAAUUACCUUUUUCUGUAACAACUCUGUGUUGGUUGCAAGUGGAAUGUUCUCUGUUGAUUUGACUUUUGAAUAUAACUUGUUUCAGAAUAAAUAUUGUAAAAUUAAGUACGUGAAUGUUCUUUGUAUUCAGAAUUAAACACUGCUGUUUCAGUCCAAGGACAGGAGAGAACUCCAUGUAAAUUUAAUGUGUAAUAAUAAGAUAUUUAUUACUUUUUCAAAAGGGUUUGGAUGGCAGAUUAUACAUAUUGAUAAAUAUUAUUUGAAAAUACUGUGUUCUGUUUUCCAUUAACUUUUGUGAAACAAACAAACAAAAUUAUUUGUAAAGGUCCCUGUUCAGUUGAUUGCCAAUCUGCCACUUUCCACUUUGAUACUGGAAUGGAAUUGGUUUUUAAACAUCCCUGAGGAGUGGAAAUACAACACCAAUUUCAACUUUUUUGAUCUCUGUUCUAUGAAAAAUGAGAAACCUAAAUUAUCUGGCCAACAUUGAGAGAUUUGAGAAAACAGUGACAAAGACAAUUGGCAAAAAAUUCCCUCCUCACCUCCAACAAAUCCACUUCACUCCUACAGGAAAUGAUGUGGUUUCCAGUUGUGAGCCCUUGGUGACGCACCUGGUGCACCCCUACAUUCCUGGGGAGCCAAGCGAGGUGCCAAAUGGCAUCCCCCGUGUCGCUCUGAGAAGAGGGUGUCACGGCUAUUCAGGCAAUGCUGCACUUCUCCUUGUCAUUGGUUAUGGGAAAAUGUGCCUUCAUUUUCGGAAUAGCGGUGUGUGCAUUUCUGAUUAUGUAGCAAACCCUCUGACUUUUGACUUAAAUACUAAAAACAUUUGGGUGUUGAGGUUUUGCACUCAUAGAUACAAUUUAAAAGCAUGGACUUGGUAAUUUAAUUAGAAGUUUUCUAUAAAAUAAACCUUGUUACGUUUCUGUGAAAGGCUCUUUAUUAGCAUAGAGGAAUCAUGGGUGGAGAGAGAAACACCGUUUUCUAAAUAAUUCAUUGUUUAGAUGACUGUCCAUGUAAGUCUGUUGGCAAUAAAGGAUAUUGUGA